CGUGGUCGUGGUCUUUCCUCUGCCGAAAUUCUUAAGUUGCUUGCCUGAAUACUGGCACGUGUCCUAACAACCUAAGCGGCGCGACAAAACUACGCGACAAAACUGCGCUGCAACCUGCGCCGUCGACAUGUCAGAAUUCCCCGAAUCCCAGAUGUCGCCAUUGCCCAACAUGACCCUUCUACGCCUAAGCAAGGACACUCGACACCGCAUCUACCGUUACCUCGGUUUGGCUUCGUGGGACGGCCAGCCCUACACGUUCGCCUUGAAUGGCGGGACGGCCGAGUUCGAAAGUGACUUUAAGAACUUCAAUUACGCACCCUACCCGAACCUCUUCCACGGUCUGCUGCUCUGUUGUCGGGACCUUUACGCCGAGGCAGCUGCCCUCCUUUACUCGACCAACCUGUUUAUCCUCCACUAUUCCGACCCGACCCCGCCCCGACGGGCCGGUGCCCGAACCUCCUUCCAGGCUCUCUGCGAUCUCACCCCAUCAGCACUUCUCUCACUUUCUCACCUCAAGAUUGUCAUCAACGAGUCUGCAUGUCACCAGCGGGUCAUCGAAGACCGCUGGGUAUGUUGCCUCCAGGGCAACUUCGAGUAUGCCGUCUCAGGCAUUUCCUGUUGGAAAGGAUGGCACGACGACCACCAGUCGCCCCUUCUGAGUCCGCCUUCCACAGAUGACCACCAUGGCGAGCUUGCCGCAGCCCACUCCGUGUUGACUGACUGGCACUCAGCUGCCAUUCAUCUAUUAUCACACGUUACUCCUGGCCGUCUCGCCCUCUCGCUAGUUUGCGAUAUUGACCCGCGACACCCACAAGCGUUAGACAUAGCCGAGGGCGUCGUUGGUCCUCUCCGUCGCCUUCCCCGGUCUUAUUUACGGGAAUGUAAUAUACGACUAGCCACACCGUUUUUUCACGCUGUAGGGGCGGCCGCGACGCCAAUUUCGAACCCGUCGUCGAAUACGGCCACCACGCUGACAGCUCUUCCGCGCGAGCUCCGCAUACGAAUUCUCGAAUAUACAGAUCUCAUCACCCCAACAAAGGACGUGAUAUGGACUAGGGAACACCGCGCGUAUACAGUAGCGUAUCUGGGAUGGCGUGCUGGCGAUCCACAACCGUCCUAUGGUAGUCAAUUCUUUUCCUGCGGAGAUGAGACAAAUAUCAACAGAGGUAACCUUGAACGAACCGUCAGCGGCUGUUUUUGCCGCCUGCACGCCGCCUUCUCGUUUACCUGCCGGUGCUGGGCCCCGCCGGGGCCGGCUCUGUUCCUCGUCUGCCGCGCCCUCUGCGACGAUGCCCGGUUCGUCUUCUUCUCCGGCAACCGCUUCACCGUCCCCGACCACAAGUUGAAUCCGCCCUGGGUGCUGCCGGUGCUUGGGUUCACCGAGCACAGUGGGGCCGUGCCCACGUAUCCCUACCCUUUCGAGCGGUUUGCCGCCUCGGAUUUCCUGCGGAACGUCGUCCCCACGUGCGCCCUUGCCCACCUCCGGUUCCUCGACCUGAUGUUCCCCCCGUACCGCCCUGGCAGCUGGCCCGAAAAACAACACCCCGUUAUGCAGGACUGGUGGGCUACGGUCGACUGGCUCCGCGGCAAGAUCGACCCGCCGGCGCUGACCUUGCGAUUGGCAGUGUCACAGGGGACCCGCGACACCCCUUCGCCGUACUACCGCAGCAUAACAAAGCGGGACGUGGAGACGCUCGUGGAAGCCUAUCUCCACCUCUCGCAGCCUCUGGCAGCGCUCGGCAACGACGGGCUGGCCCGGUUUUAUGCCCGUCUCCCUGUACCAUGGGAGUGCACCGAUGAUUCCGUAGCUCGGUACCGCAGCCCUGACGAUGUGCACGGGGAUGAUACUGUUAAAGAACGCGUCGAACGUUACGUCAUGGGCGAUCGGUACGAAUCCCUCUACGCCAACGGCAAGAAGGAGCCCGACUUUGGCGAUAUUUACAAGAAAUAUUGUCACCUCGAGUAAGGGAGAAUGGCAUGUGCCUCCGGUAGCUUGGAAUGAUUGAACUGGGGCGUCAGCCUCUCGCUGACCAGAGGGCCAGGCGCCCGGGAUUGUCGUUUUUUCCGUUUCUUCGUUGCGUUCGUCCGCCUUGCGCGUCCUUGUAUUUUAGUCAGAGGCUCGGGACUUUUCAGGGGUCAUCGGGCGGGCAAUUCUAUUUCUUUUUCCUCA